GAUAAUGGUCUCGACCUGUCACGUCCUCGUUUGUUUGUACAGAAGUUUUAUUUUGGAAAAGUUCCUGUUAGGAAAUGAAGCCCUGCUGAGCGGAAUAACGUUAUUUUUUACAUUUAAAUCAAUGUGGAGAAACGUUAAGGAUAUUCGCUUUGGGUUUAGCAGCGGCAGCUUUUCGUGAAGGAAGGAGGAAAAGGAGGGAGAGGAGAGGAGAGGAGAGGAGAAAUGUUGAGCUGCACUGAAGACUCUGAGGAUUUCAGGCUGAAGUUUCCUCUGCACUGCCUGGUGUGGGAGAAUGACUACAGGAGCCUGGAAAAGGAGCUGCCCACGCAUAACGUAGAGGAGGUGGACCCCCGAGGCCGGACCCCGCUACACCUGGCCGUGUCACUGGGACACCUGGAGUCUGUCAGAGUGCUGCUGAGACAUGGCGCCGAGGUGACCAAAGAAAACGCCAAAAACUGGACUGUCCUCCAGGAGGCGGUCAGUACCGGAGACCCGGAGAUGGUGCAGCUGGUCCUGCAGCGGCGUGAUUACCUCAAAGCCUCCACCGCGCUGGGGGGCGUGCCAGAAUUACUGUGCAAGAUCCGAGAGUCUCCAGAUUUCUACAUGGAGAUGAAGUGGGAGUUCACCAGUUGGAUCCCGCUGGUGUCCCGCGUGUGUCCGAGCGACGUGUGCCGGAUCUGGAAGAGCGGAGCCAGUUUGAGAGUGGACGCCACCCUGCUGGGCUUCGAGAACAUGACCUGGAUUCGAGGGAGACGCAGCUACAUCUUUAAAGGAGAUGACAGCUGUGCUGAGCUGAUGGAGGUGAACCAUGAUGAGGAGGUGGUGGACACAGAGAGCUUCGACAUCUCCCGAGAGAUCGAGGAGGUCACGCUCGACUCCAUGCAGCCCAACGAGCAGGAAGUAGCCAAGCGACUGACCACGCCCAUCAUCAACACUUACCUGGACACCAAGGACAUCUCCUUCGAGAGGUGUAAAUCUGGAAUCUGGGGCUGGAGAACAGACAGAACAGAAGUGGUGAACGGAUUCGAAGCGAAGGUGUUCUCAGUCAACAAUGUGAACCUCGUGAUUCGGACGAGGACAGAGCACCUCACUGAUGAAGAGAAGGCCCGAAUAAAAAGUGAAAGGAACAUCCUGGAAUCUUUUCUUGGGACAGUAGAGCAGCAGAUCAGCGCUCAAGGGGAUUUGACUCUGGAGUACGCCACGGCCACGAACCCCACAGCCAUCACUCCAGAGGAGUAUUUCAAUCCAGACUUUGACCUGAAAGACAGAGACAUCGGCCGACCCAUCGAGCUCACCAUCAGAACCCAAAGGUUUAAGGGUACGCUGUGGAUGAGUGAGGAGCACCCCCUCUCACUGGUGGAGCAGGUGACCCCCAUCAUCGACCUGAUGGCCCGAACCAGCACGCACUUCGCCCGUCUCCGAGACUUCAUCACCCUCCGCUUCCCCCCAGGCUUCCCCGUCAAGAUCGAAAUUCCUUUGUUCCACGUGCUCAACGCUCGCAUCACGUUUGGAAACGUCAACCAGUGCAGUACGGAAGAGCCUGCAGACGCAAGUAAAUCGGCUGCUACGCCGUCACCAACGGACAAGAGCCCAGGAGAGGGCAGCGAAGCCUCAGGCCUUGCACCUUUCCAAGUGUGCCCCUCUGUGUUCACUGUUCCUGCUCACUACCGCCUCCGUGGGGGAAACAGACACAGUGCACCCCGUCACCAGGUGUCCAGCCACGACGAGGAGCUGCUGCAGUACGCCAUUCACCAGAGCCUGCUGGAGUCCAGCGGCUACAGCCCACAGGACUCUUGGGGUGAUUCUAAUGGAAUUCUGACACAAAGCAUGGUGAACAGCCUCAGUGAUGCGACCGUCUCGGAAGGCGUCCCAGACCUGGACACCACGCCCACCAGCUCAGGCUCCACUUCCAGCCCAGACUCGGACCUGCGUCUGGCCAUAGAGCUGUCCGCCCGCGCUCAGGAGGAGGAGGAGAAGAGGCGGAGAGAAGAGGAGGAGGAGUUGGAGAGGAUUCUGCAGCUCUCGCUGACGGAGAAAUGAGAGGACAAGGGGACGGGGAAGGACUAAAGGGAGAGUCUGUUUCCCAUCGUUGCCAUAAACCUCAGAUCUCUUCGUCUGCACUCAAGUUCUGAUGCAGCCAGCCACUUCCUACUCUGCCACUCACUAGCGUACGCCUGCGUGUUUUAGUAAAGUUUCGUUAAGGAAGAAACUCCUUUCUUAGCCUCAAGUUUAAGUAUGUGGUUCCUUUAACUCAUAUUUGAUGAUCACAGAAGCUUAUUUUUUAAAGAUUUACUGCGUCUUCUAAGGAUAACUCUUUUUCGGCCUCUCCUGAGAUUCUGAGAGGAGUUCUGAGCUGCUUCUUUGAGAUUACGUUGAUAACAGAGUGUGUGCUCGUAUGUGUCCCUGAAAGGCCAAAUCUGGUGUGUGUGGGUCUGUGUGUGUGUGUUCUGUGCGCGAGCGUGGGUGUUUAUAUUUGUGGUUUGAGUAGCAGAACUGUAAAAGUAAGGCCUGUUUGGUUUAUCAUGAGCUUUCCUAUCAUCACAGUAUCUCAGGGUUCUUCUUGGUUCCUGAAAAAGUGUUUGGUAAUGUCCUUUCUAGGCUCCGCCCACAAAUGCGUGCUUUCAGAACUGAUGUUGUUUAGUUGCUUUACAGAAAACUGGUACAAAAUCCCAUUCGACCUAUUGAGAAACUGUAGAACAGACUCAGUUUAUAUCACAAUACCUACAUUUAGAGCCAGUUAUUCAUUCAACCUAUUGAGAAACUGUAGAACAGACUCGGUUUAUAUCACAAUACCUACAUUUAGAAUUAUCCAUUUAGUCUAAUGAGAAUGCAACCCAAUGUAAUUGUUGGUAUUGUGAUAUAAAUUGUUUCUCAUUAGGCUGAAUGAGAUUUCUACCAGUGUUGUGUAAAGCUUGUCCAACCUCACAAAGAAUGCUAUGAAAAACUCAUUUGUGGGCGGGGCAUGGACAGGGCAAUGCAGUUGAGAACAGAAUGUUCUGUCAAGUAUCCAUGGGGCUUGGUUCCCCAUGCUUGGAAAAUGGAGUUAAGUUAAUUAGAGAUCUACCGCCCUGCAAAGGUUAAGUCCAGUCCAUUACUGUGGAUCUACCAGUCACUUCCCAUCUAACUCGCCUGAUCCAGCUGAUUAAGGUCAUAGAAGCCAGUGGUGUUCAGACCAAAUGGAUCUUAAGAGUCAUUAAAACCUUGUAUUGGUCAUCCCUGCACAUUUACAUUUACGGCAUUUGGCAGACGCUCUUAUCCAGAGCGACUAACAGUUUGAUCAUUUUUACACAGGUAGGCGAAGGCAGUCUUAGGAGUCUUGCCCAAGGACUCUUAUCGGUGUAGUGUAGUGUGCUUUCAUAGGUGGGGGAUUGAACCCCAGUCUGUAGUGUAGAAGGCAGCGGUGUUACCGACUACACUAUACCAACCGCUCCUAGAUAUCUACCACCAUGGAGAAGUCACCUCCAAAUACCUACAUAUUGCAAAAACAUGUCAGUAUUGCAGAAGCCAAUUCUAUGAUAUAAGCUAACAAAUGAUAUACUGUCCAGCCCCUUUUACACGGAUACACUGGACUGGAUUUGGGACUGCACUCUGCAGGGCGGUCAGUCUCCAGGACGAGCGUUGGACGGCCCUAGGCCGAGGGCUUCCACAUAUCCAACCUGUUCGUGUGGGUGUCGUCAGACAGCUUCAGACGAGAGCGCCUCAACUCCGAAAGCAAUACUAAAACCACCGUGCCUCCUCACUGUGAAAGACGAGCCUUCGUCCUGCUCUGAACUCUUCUACCGUAGACUUAGUGAUGCAAAUAGGCCUCAAGCUUUUAUCAUCUUUGCCUUGUUUUCUGCUCUCCAGCUAUCGGCACCGCAGCUAUGGAACAUGGAGAGGAACCUUGUAGCACAGCUUGAGUAUCGAAAACGAUAGUUUGUCAAAAAAAAAAAAAAUGGACCCGAGAUGGAGCUGAUCAGUCAAGGCAUGAUGUUUGGUGAUUUUAGGAGCUACAAGGCUUGUUGGUGAGCUUCCAGUUAGGCCAAUCACGAUCAUGAUGUUUUAGCUAAUGAUCAAUGGCGAGAUGAGUAACUGCGAUUGAACAUUUGAUUGUCUUUUUUUUUAUCAUUGUGAUUUUGAUCCAAGCCAGAAAUGUUCAGUUUUGGCUAGCUUGCUUCCUCGCUGUCGACACUUGAGUAACUCAAAAUAAAUAGAAACAUCCAUCCAUCUAUCCAUCAUCUAAACCGCUUAUCCUUCUGGGUCACGGUGGGGUGCUGGAGCCUAUCCCAGCUGUAUAAAUAGAAAUAGUUCAAGCUCAAAUAAACAAACAUUACUCACCGCCGCUCUCUAGCUUUUUGUUGGUGUUGUAUCACAGACGUUGGUUUUCUUAAGACCCGAUUACGCAUCUCAGUAAAUGUGUUUUCGGCUUUCUUUUAAGUGUAUUUGUCUAAACCCAACUGAUGAUAACACACCCAGUUCACAAAGGGCCUCAUUCACCAACCGUUCUUAAGACGAAUUAUUUUCUUAAAACCCACUUAUGCAGUUUUCACGAAGAUUCUGAGAUUCACCAGAGUUUUCUUAUUUGGGAUUUGUUCAGAAUCUACACACUCAAAGGUGGGAAUAAUUCUGUGGUUUAAGAACACGUCAUGAAUCUGACGUAGACUUUGUCUUAGGACUCUUCUGAAGAACACAUUCAAGAGAAAAUCUGGGAAGAGAUGGUGAAUGAGGCCAGUUGUUUGUUGCAGCAUAAACAUAUUGUGAAAUGUUAGAACUGUGGAAAAUAAUUGUAAUCAGCUCAAAUAAUUGCAGUUAUAAUUGUAAUUGGACUACAUCCAUUGCAUUAGCCUCAUAGCUAAUAUGGCAAAACUAACAACACCAAAUACAUCUUGGCUGGUCAGCUACAUUUUGGCUAAUGGAGAAAAAACUGUGAAUCGAGUUAUUCGCCAAGCUGUGGCUUUAAGUUCUGACCGGUGGUUUGAACUGCUGGUGGUUCAGCAGGAUGUUGAUGAAGGUGGAGAAUGCGGGCGAGCUUGUUCUGUGGUAUUCUAAAACAAGGCUUACUGUUGCGCUGUAGAGGUGCUUUCCUUCAGCUUCUAGCUCAAAAGCAACCAACGCAAAAAAUGUUUUGUCUGGUUUCUGUAGAGGGCGAGGCUUUGUUUGGGUUAUAUGGCCUAAUGAGCCUCUGAAGGUGUCUGGCAAGUGGAGUUAGGGCUCAGCUUCCAUUAUCUGUCACCAGUUUUUGUUUUUUUUAAUAUCAGUUUGCUUUCGUAAGAAAUUUUACAUGCGAUGAUAUUGAUUCAGUUCGCUGCACCACUUUUACUGAUAUUGUAGCUGCUCUUAGUGCAACAGACCAAACCUACAGCAGUGCGAGUGAAUAUUUCCAGUUUAUGGCUCGUUUUAUAACAGAAAAUAAUUGUUUCUUGAUCUUAUACUGUACGUAGGCUACAUAAGCAACAAAUGACAGGAUGGCUGUGAUGGACGAUAAACAGCAGGGCAUAGGCAGCAAGUCCAGAUCUUCUGAAUGAGACCUUUUAUAUCUGGUGUUUUCCUGGGUUUCUCUCUCUAACUUUCAAGGAACUAAUUGCCAAAUGACCUAAUGAGCUUUGCCAUAUCAGGGUUAGCAAAGGCUAAUUGUUUUCAAAUAACUGUCCUGUUUGAACUGAGAAUACGGUAAAAUCUAAUCAUGCUGAAGAAAUCCAGAAGGCAUUUGUAAACUGUGAUGUCUGUUUGAGGAAAAAAAAUGUUUUCAGUUAAAUAAAAGCACUUUAUAUGACUUAA